AUCACCUGGUAACCACGGUCACCUCACCUGCAGGCCCCGCAUCACGCGAGCUCGCGCGUCACUUCCUGCCCGACGUCACUUUCUGCCCGACGUCACUUCCUACAGUCGCUCGCGUGCAGCAGCAGCAGCAGCGAGCAUGGCCGACAUCAGUGGUGAUCGGCCCCUGCGCCACGUGGAGAAGGACGUUCUCAUUCCCAAGAAGAUGCGGGAGAAGGGGCAGGUCUUGUGCUCCGAGCACGUGGAUGCUUUCAGCGAGUGCUGCAAGUCCAGCAGCGUGUUCAUGGUGUUCAAGUGCCGCAAGGAGAACGCCGCGCUGAAGACGUGUCUCACUGGAUACUAUACGGACCCGGAGUUCUACGACAUGUGCAAGCGCGAGUACCUGCAGGAGAAGGAAGACUUCCAGAUAAGGGGGAUUCCUUUGAAACUGCGGAAGCAGCAGCAAGCGGCGGCCGCCGCAGCUGAAGCGGAUGGGAAGCAAGAAGCGGGACAUUGACAUCACCCCUCCGCUCGCAGAGAGCGCCCCCCCCCCCCCCCCCCCGUCUCAUGUCUGGCGAUUACUUUUAAAAAGGAUACAUUUGAAAAUGUAAAUGUGUCACUUCCAAGGAUAGAAAAAACAGAUUCUGUGGUAUCAGCUAACUGAAAUGUCUUGAGGGAAAACUGUCGAUAACUCUGUAAAUGUGCCUUUUGGAAUGCCAAGUGUUUUAUUUUUCAUGAUUCACAAGGAGCCACGUUGACUGUGAUAGGCGAUUCCUAACCACCACGGCCACUCGCUCCCUUAAUUGACGAAAUGAGUGACGGCGUCGCAAGUGAAUUGGACAUCCCACGCUCGAAUUCAUUCUUCCCUGAGGAAGAAAUGUCAGUCUUGUCUCAGCAGCAGAAAAAAAAUAAAAGUCGUAAAAUACGGUAUUGCAGAAGGUUUCCAGAGAAAUUGAUGUUCUAACAAGGCAGAUACGCGACUGCCAUCGUGAAGAAACACCCUGUAACAGACAUAAGACGUGCAAAAUAUGUUCGACCUUUGUGUAUUAUGAGCAUUCGGUUUAUACAUAAGGGGUUAAACGUAUGUACAAGUAUAUAUAUAAAUAUGUAUUCCUA